UGACAAUUACGGUUUCAUACUAAAUCAUGUCGUUUGUAGAUUUUUUUUAUUAAAUUGCAACAUGUGAUCGCUUGUACGUAAAUAUUCGAUAUAAUGAGCUUUAAAUGGUUUAUAUCUUAAGAAAAAUAUUCCGAGAUAUGGCUAGCGUGUCCAUGAAUCCCUACGAAGAACAGCUGUAUACUGUGUUUAAAACCUUCGACGUAGAUAACGAGGAAGCCUUAGACAGAUCAUCAGUACUUCAGCUUUGUGACACGUUGCAGCUAGAAGACCGUGGCGCAGCCCUCGUCGAUACGCUUUUCGAAAGGCAGAGCGACCGCGUCACGUUCGCACAAUUCCGCAACGGACUUCUCUCUGUGCUUGGCAGUGAAACUGUAUCGCAUCCUGAACAUUCUAAGAGUAAGGAGUGUAACAGUGUCGUACAGCCCAAUGCCUCUUCAUCGCCUCAUAGCGACGACGACUCUUCGGGUAGAGAAGUAGCGCCUAAAUUUAUAUUCGGUUCUAAGAAGUACGGACGUCGGUCACGACCUCAACGUACAGCUUCUGAAGAAUCUCCACGCCAUCGUGUCGCAUCUGAAUCGAGGCUUGAUUGUGCAAGAUCACGACAACGCAUGAGGUGCAAACGUAGUGCCUCUGCGAUGGAGAGUCGUGAUGACUCUGCAGUUGAUGAUGAUAGUGCAGAUUUAGAUCACGACCGACGGGUAAAUCGCGACCGAGCACUUGCACUUUGCCGAGGGCUUCACAUGCAUGGGGUUGAUCAUUGUCUCGUUGACCGUAUAUUUGAAGCUUCAGCAGCAGAGGAGAUAACAGUAGGGGAAUUUUUCGAUCAACUUAAUUCUUCUCUUACUACCUCAAUCGCCGCUUCGCUCGACGGAAUAACAACAAAUGAUAAUCCAACUUUUAAAACGGAUGUAGUUUCAAGUGACACAGUUGUGGAGGCUUGGGAACGUGCUGGAGUUGAGAGACCAAAACGUUUACUUAUUGAAUUAGGUUUUACAACCAGUGCGCUUCGCCCGUUUGAACUUGAACGAGUUCUAGACGAGGAAUUACGGGCAUUAGCUACACCUACCGAUGCUGCAACCGAUGCUCGCUCUCUGCUGCUCCUUGCUGCACAUGCACUCACGCGUAUGCGUUUGGAUUCAGCUUGGAGGCUCCUGGACGUUGCCCGAGCUGAACGUGAUAAACUUCGCGAUGACCUCGCUGAAGCUAAUGGAAGAGCAAGAAUGUUAGCUCAAGAUGUCGAUGAGAAUCACGCACGGAUAGAAGCUGAACUGAAAGCAAGUCUACGGCAGGUGGAAGCGCGCCACGCUGAGGCUGUCCGAGUUGCGGCUGCUGAAACUGCCGCUGAGAGAGACCGUGCUGCCGCAGCUCAUAUAGCCCUUGAGGAAGAGGCAAAUCGUCGUGCAGAAACAGAAGCAAAGAUGCGAGCUGAAAUAGCAUGCCUUCGUGAACGUAUUGAUGAAGUUCAGGAACGUCUGAGAGCAGCCGAGGCGCGUGCAAUACAAGCUGAGCGCGAACAGGCCAAGUCACAGGAAGUGGCACGUGAAGCUGAAGAACGGGGGAUGAGACUCGUUGAGCGGGAACGUGAAGCCGCCGGCGAACUGAACGCCCGACUGCACGAUCUCCGCGCCGAAAACCAACGACUGCGCGACCGCAACGACGAGUUGUGUUCCGCGCUCGAAGCCAGCGCGCGGUGCGCGGCCGUAGACGCGCACAUCGCGCCCUCGUGGAGCGACGAGGUGGCCAUGAACGUACCGGCUAAAUUCGAGGAUUGUAAUCUUUCGCUACUACCGACUGAAAGUAAAUCGAUAGAUUCCAGAGAGAUAUUUGCGAAAUUUAAAGUUCUAUUAAAAACUAUUGAGAACCUGCCGACGAACAUUCAAGACGGUUGUCCGCUAUGUAGAUCUGUGAGUGAAACAAUUUCAACUAUGCAAAGAAUUGUGCAGGAACAGAGUGAAGAAAUAUUAAGGACGUCGUCGAACGUCUGCUGCAAGACCGAUGUUGCCUUACAGACUGAGUCCAAUGUAAAUAAUGCCGAAGAUAUAGAAUCACUAAAAAAAGACCUAACAGACAUGAAACAAAAAUAUGAGACCGAAAAGCAGAACUCGUCCACUGUGAUAAAGGAAUUGGAAUCGAGCUUAGAACAGAUGAAAGUAGAGUAUGACAAGUGCGAGGAUUACUGGACGUGCAAGCUGGAGGACGAGCGCGAGGCGUUCGCCGAGGAGCAGCGCGCCGGCGACGAGCGCCUCGCCGACCUCGUCAGCAAGAUCGCUGACUACGAGCGGCAGUUCGCGCCCGUCGCCGCCCACCCACAUGCGUUGCCCACCAUCGACGAGAAGGGUAGUCUCGAGCUGCAGUUCACUGAUCUCGAGGAGGAGUUCGCCAAGUAUAGAAAAGAGAAAGAAAUUGAAAUAACUAACAAGGUGGAAGAAAUAAAACGAUUAAAGGCGAAAAUGGAAGAGUUGGAGCGACGACAGCCGCCUGCCGACGGCGCGAGUCGCGGCGAGAGACGCGCGCGCGAGCCGCCGCCCGAGCGCCCGCUCGUCCUGCACUGCGCGGACUCGCACGACCUCGCGGUACGUACAGCUUCCAUUUUAACUCUAAGGAUUCCAGUAGGCGAGUGAUAGAUUUUGCUGUCAGUUUUAAUACAGUCUUUACUAUCAUUGACGAAUAACCGUGUGUUGAAUAUACGAAGAUUUAAUGAAAAUGACUGAUGUUUCUAUGUUUUUGAUCAUAAAUAAUAAUUUUUGAGAGAAUUAAUCUACUGAUUGAUUUCGUCCACGGUGAUCAUUCUCAAGUUUCUCAAGUCGUAAGUUUGGGCGCAAACACAGGUUCACUCUCAUAAUCCGAUGGGCCUUCAAAUUUGACAAGUCGGAAGUGUGUACACUCCCGGGCCUGGGAAAGCUUUUCUGGGCGCGUCUUUGACCGUCGAUUAAUCGGAAGGAGGG